ACGGGCUUUCCUUGUUUUUUUUAGCUGUCGGAUUUUGAUUCUGUUUGUUACCUUCGUUUAUCAUAGAAUUAUACUGAAAUGGGUUGCGUCUGAAACUGCGAAAUUGGCAUUUUGCAUUGAAUAUUGGGGGUUGCCUUGGGGGGUUUAGGUGCGAUUUUUUGGUUGAGAGAUGUUGAAGAGCUGCCAUUUGUGAUCCUACGGUCUGCCUGGCUCUUGAGCUUCUGAAAUUUCUUAGAAAAUAUGGCAUGUAUAAGAACCAGCUGCAAGAACUUGCUCAAAGAAGUUGUUUCAACUUGCCCGCUUAUGCUUGCAUCCGCGAGGGACCAGAUCAUGCUCCUCGGUUCAAGGCGACCGUCAAUUUCAAUGGUGAGGUCUUCGAGAGCCCGAACUUUUGCACUACAUUAAGACAAGCAGAGCAUGCAGCAGCUGAGGUAGCUCUAAAUACCCUCUCGAGGAGAGGCCCGUCGAGAUCAUUGGCUGCAAAAGUUCUGGAUGAAACUGGUGUUUACAAGAACUUACUUCAAGAAACGGCUCACCGAGCUGGGUUGAAAUUACCAGUUUAUACUACAAUUCGCUCUGGACCGGGCCAUACACCUAUAUUCUCAUGCACGGUAGAGCUUGCGGGAAUGAGCUUUAGUGGAGAGCCUGCCAAGACCAAGAAGCAAGCUCAAAAAAAUGCUGCCAUGGCUGCCUGGUCUGCGUUGAAACAAUUGCCACAGUCUGGUUCCUCUUGCUCAUCCUGCUCUUCACCAUCCGACCACGAGCAAACCGACGAACAAGGUCAGAUAACUGUGGCCCGUGUACUCUCAAGCCUGUGUCAUUCAGAAAGCAACAAGCAAUCUCUUCAAACCAGUGACCGACAUCAUAAAAGCCAUCAGAGACCAGUUACAGUUCCGCAUAACAGAACCAAUUAUUCCUACUAUCCCAUGCCUUUUCACAAUUGGGCUUAUCCAAAUCUCUCGCCAGAUGCACUAAUGUACCAUAUGUGGCAUCAAGCCCAAGCAUCUCACCUUGCAAAUGCUAGAUCCAUACCAUUUCUUCGGUCCAUGUUACAACCUUCUCAAAGUCAAUUAUACCCGGGGAUUGCCCAAGAAUGUAUGAAUCCAAUGCUUUGCUUCCCUCGAUCCACUACCCCAGUUCUGUCAAAUCCAUCAAGAAUCCGGUCUCAGGUGACUAUUCAAGAGAUUCACGAGGAGAAAACCCAAUCAGAAGACAAAGAAUGGCUUCGUAAUGGUAAUCCGGAUGCUAUCAAUCUUCAGUGUGAUGGUUCCAACAGAGAGACCGAUAUUUCCCACAAAGUAUUUGAUCCAUUGUCUACAGUAUCUGAUACCUUUGUGGUUAAGGAUCCCUGUGAGAGUAAAAUGAUCCGAGAGAGAGAAUUUGGCUCGACCGGUCCAAGGGGGUUUAGACCACCUCAGAUGUCGCUUUCACGAGCAAGAGGUCCAUCCACUGCUACCCCAGUAACUAUAAGGACUCAGGUGCCGGCGUGCUCAACAAGGCCUAGUUUAGUAAACCAGAAUGAUUGGUUGCCGCCUCCGGUGAACUUUAUGGCUCCACCUGUUCACAUGAGAACAGUUGUGCCGGUAUGUUCAGCUCCUCCUGUAAGAGAACCACAUUCAGCACAAAAGAGCAGUCAGGACGCAGAGGACAAUAGAGGGGUCAGUUCAGAGUUUUCUAAGCUUCAGAUAUGAGCAACAAUUUUGGAAUCAUUUUAGCUACAACUCUUUCAUCACUUUAAAAUAGAGCAAUGUAUUGCAUUGGCUUGUGGGGUUAUCUACUGUUGUUCCACGGUGGGGUCGAAGAAAAUAAAAUGCAAAAGGUUUAUUUUAAUUUUUUUCAGUGUAAAUUCUUUGUUGAGAUGGAAAACUGGAGAGUGAAAUUAUUGGUAUCUUGGUCUUGAAUGCAAGUAUUAUUUUGCGUA